AUGGAUGAGAAGCCUACUACCAGGAAAGGGUCAGGUUUCUGCUCUUUACGCUAUGCGUUGGCUCUCGUCAUGCACUUCUCCAACUUCACCAUGAUAACGCAGCGUGUGAGUCUGAGCAUUGCCAUCAUUGCCAUGGUGAACAGCACACAGCAUCAGGACCCAGCUAAUGCAUCCGCUGAGGGGCCCGUGAUGAAUCUCCUCAGUAACCGGAGCAGAGGCAUCAAGGACUUUAGCACCCGGGCUGCUGUUUAUCAGUGGAGCACAGAGACCCAGGGCAUCAUCUUUAGCUCCAUCAGCUACGGAAUCAUACUGACGUUAAUUCCAAGUGGAUACUUAGCGGGGAUAUUUGGAGCAAAGCAGAUCCUGGGUGCUGGGUUGCUCAUCUCAUCCCUUCUCACGCUAUUUACUCCACUGGCUGCUGACUUUGGGGUAAUUUUGGUCAUCGUCAUCCGCACAGUCCAGGGGAUGGCACAGGGGAUGUCAUGGACCGGGCAGUUCACAAUUUGGGCGAAGUGGGCUCCGCCACUUGAACGGAGCAAGCUCACCAGCAUUGCAGGCUCAGGAGCAGCAUUUGGAUCCUUCAUCAUCCUCUGUGUGGGGGGAUUAAUUUCACAGGCACUGGGCUGGCCCUUUAUCUUCUACAUCUUUGGUAGCAUUGGCUGUGUCUGCUGUGUCCUGUGGUUCACGAUGAUUUAUGAUGACCCCAUGCAUCACCCAUGCAUAAGUGUGAAAGAGAAGGAAUACAUCACAUCCUCAAUGGCUCAGCAGUCUAGUUCUCCCAGAAGAUCCAUCCCCAUAAAGGCAAUGGUCAGAUGCCUGCCACUGUGGGCCAUUUUCAUGGGUUUUUUCAGUCAUUUCUGGCUUUGCACCAUAAUCAUAACCUACUUACCGACGUACAUCAGUACAGUGCUCCACGUUAACAUCAGAGAUAGUGGGGUUCUGUCCUCCCUGCCUUUCAUUGCUGCCUCAAGCUGUACAAUUUUAGGAGGUCAGAUGGCAGAUUUCCUUCUAUCCAGGAAUCUUCUCAGCUUAAUCACAGUUCGAAAACUCUUUUCAUCCCUGGGGCUCCUCCUUCCAUCCCUCUGUGCUGUGGCCCUGCCCUUUGUGACUUCCAGUUACAUAGCAACCAUUGUUUUGCUGAUACUCAUUCCUGGGACCAGCAAUCUCUGUGACUCAGGGUUCAUCAUCAACACCCUAGACGUUGCCCCCAGAUAUGCAAGUUUCCUCAUGGGCAUCUCAAGGGGAUUUGGUCUUACAGCAGGAAUCAUCUCGUCCACUACCACCGGAUUCCUCAUCAGUCAGGAUUCUGAAUCAGGAUGGAGGAAUGUGUUUUUCCUGUCUGCUGCUGUCAACAUGUUUGGUCUGAUCUUUUAUCUCAUAUUUGGACAAGCAGAAAUCCAGAACUGGGCCAAAGAAAGGACUCUCACCCGCCUCUGAGGAUGUAGGGUUGGAAUCCAACCAAAGUGCUGACCCUUAACAUAUUUUGCUUAUCACCAUUCUUUCUUUGUACUUAUGUCCAUAGAAACAACACUUCUCUAUUCUGGCUGGGUGCUAGUUUUUUUUCAAAGAGCUUCAGAAAUAGAUCCCAGGCUACACUCCAGAGUGUGUUAGUCUGGAGUGGAACCCAGGUGCCACUAAGUUUUAGACUCCCUGGGAGUUUUUCCAACACGCAA